AUGAAUACCGGCGAAACACAGGAUGUCACCCUCGAGCUCGCCAGCCGCGGGUGUAACACGACUGCGCUCGCCAAUUCGCCCAGUCCCGACGACACGCCGCCGUCACACGCCGUCAAUAUAGCACCACGGUGGAACCAAUCAAGGCGAACGAUCUGGCAAGUCACCGCAGCAUGCUUGUGCGCCCUCGUUAUGGGCGCCAACGAUGCUGCAUACGGUGCCAUCAUCCCUUAUGUACGUCAAGCCCUUUCCGCCCCAGCGAAACCAAGACGAGCAACUAAUGCCGUUCCAACUGCUCAGCUAGAGCUGUACUACCACCAAAGCUACACAAUAAUCUCUCUGGUCUUCCUCUCCCCCUUUGUGGGGUACACCAUCGCCGCAUUCGGUCUCAGCCAUGCAAUCCACCAGCACUUUGGGCGGCGCGGGAUCGCCGUCGUUGGACCUGCCUGCCAUCUCAUGACAUUCAUCGUGCUCUCCGUCCAUCCCCCUUCCCUCGGCCUGCAGAACGCAGCCUGGAACGUGUGGAUCGGCAACAUGGCGAACUCCAACGAAGUCCUCGGCUUCUUCCACGGCUUCUUUGGCGUCGGCGCGACCAUCAGCCCUCUGGCUGCAACGAGUCUGAUCACGAAAGCCGGGUGGGAGUGGUUUGAUUUCUACCAUCUGAUGAGCUCCCUCUAUGCUACAGCCGCCUUCUGGCCCGAAACAGGCGUUAAGUUCCGCGACGAGAACCCUAGCUCGUCCCGAGGCGGCGCCCUCCCCCAGACCCGCCUUUCGCUCACCUACAAAGCGACCUGGAUCUGCGCCACCUUCCUGUUCCUAUAUGGCGGCGUCGAGGUCGGCAUCGGCGGCUGGAUCGUCGUCUUCAUGACCGAUGUACGACACGGGGGCACUUUUGCCUCCGGCAUGACAGAAACAGGCUUCUGGCUGGGUGUCACGGUAGGUCGAUUUGUGCUGGGCUUCGUCUCGCCGCGGGUGGGCGAGAAGCUGUCCAUUGCGCUGUACAUAGUGCUUGCGAUUGUGAUGGAGCUGCUUUUUUGGCUGGUGCCGCAGUUUAUCGUCUCCGCUGUUGCGGUCUCGCUGGUGGGGUUCUUCUUGGGGACGAUCUUCCCGUGUGUGGUGGUUGUCGCGACCCGGAUCCUGCCCAAGGAUAUCCAUGUUGCGGCUAUUGGGUUUGCGGCGGCUUUUUCGAUGGGGGGUGCUGCGGUCUUUCCUUUUUUGAUUGGUGCUAUUGCGCAGGCCGAGGGGGGUGAGUAUUUUGCAGCCCAUUCUGCUGGCGAUGCUUGCGGUGGCGCUGGUGAUUUGGGGGACUUUGAUGAGGGCUCCGACGGUCGAGCCAGCGCAUCAGGUUUGAGGUGUCUGUAA